UUGAAGAGUUAUAGUAAACAAGAUGACUAAUGUAAAAAAUAAGAAUUAAUAGCACAAGGUACGGUUAUUCAUCCGUUUGUUGAACUAACGUUAUUAAAACAGGACUUAUAAAAGAGCACCAACAUUAACUGGAUAAUGGAGAUAGAGACUCGUCAGCAGAUGAAACCAUACGGACAGCAUUCGACAAUGAACAUGCCAACAAUGUCGGGGCUUACGUUAUCAGAGCACAUGGUUCCAACACCAGAGAUGGCGCAACAAAUACAAGAGUAUAAUUCUAGAGUCCAGCUUGUUCUUCAAGGUUUUCAAGGACACGUUAUGCCCAUGCCCAUGCCGAUAUCGUAUCCGACUUCGAUACUUCCUGUACCACAUCCAUUGCAAGCAGGUUUUCCUCGUCCUGGAUUUCCGGCAAGCUUUCUUUGUCGUGAGGAGCCAAAGCCGCAAUACAGCUAUAUCGGACUCAUUGCCAUGGCAAUCUUAAGUUCAAAGGAGAAGAGACUGGUUCUCAGUGAUAUUUACCAGUGGAUUCUUGACAACUAUAUUUACUUUAGGCAGCGGGGCCCGGGCUGGAGGAACAGUAUACGCCAUAAUCUUUCAUUGAACGAUUGCUUUAUCAAGGCGGACAGGAGUGCCAAUGGCAAGGGACAUUAUUGGGCAAUACACGACGCUAACUUAGAGGACUUCAAGAAAGGAGAUUUCAGAAGAAGACGGGCACAGAACAGAGUGCGUAAAGCUAUGGGACUUGAUAUUACAGACAAUGAUGACGAUGAUAGCCCGUGCCCAUCUCCAGUCGUGAGAUUACCGGUUAUUUCCUGGCAAGGAAGUGGAAAGCAGCGAACUGGAAGCCCGCCAGAAACAUCUGUGUGUACACCUGGGCCCAGUUUUGAAGCAUCAAACAUGUACAAUAAUGAUCCUAAAUCUACGAACAUGUACCCGUCCAAUCCUACAUCUACUAAAGACAUUUCGUCCGUUCAAAGCUCUGACCUCGCCAAUCCAUCUUGUCCAGCAAUGUAUAACUUUAAGCCAAUAGAGCAUGCUGAUAUGUUCACUUCGAUGUCUCAUAAGCCAAGAUUUUAUCCUCAGCCAGUUAUGCCACAUUUACAAUCUUCAGCGAUAUCUCAAGAUAGACCUAGAAAAAAGCGAGCGUUCGAUGUUGAAAGUCUUUUGGCUCCAGACGAUAUAUAUGAGGCUCAAACUCCAAAAAGACAAUGUCAGGGUAAUAAUUAAAAGACUCUUCGAGUUCCGGCAUCUGAUCAUCGACAACUUCUUUCACAUGUAUUUAUUGAAUAUCUUUCUAUAUAUCAAAAUUAGUAGAACCCUUUACAAGGCUUACUUAAUAAGUUGCCAAAAAAUCAAAUGGCAAUUUAUAGGUUGCCUUUCAAUCUCGCGGUAGGGGCUAAACAUUUUCAGGAUUCUGAUACAAAUAUAAAAAUGACUAAUCCAGGUAGACAUAAAGCUAAUCUGUAUGCUUAAGUCGGUAAGAAAUAUCAAAAAGUACAAUUAUGUAAAAUUAGAUCUUGG